AGCUGGCUUGAUAGACGGUAGACAAGAGAGGCAGCCUAUCAUAACAGAUGGCUAAAUAUGAGAAAAUCGACAGUUUAAUAGAUGGGGAAAUACAUGGAACAAAUCCCGGAUUUGAGCCGACAGUGAAGUGAACACUCUGUACUUUUGAGGUACGCCCUGACAUUUCAUCAUCGGUUUGAUCAACUUCAGCAGCAAGCAGUCGUGCUGCCCAGUUCUCUCCUUAGAGGUGGAUCAAGUUCAGAGGAGUUGUAAAGGGAGCUGACAGUGAGCCUGAAGUAUCAUCAUCUAUGAUCCACUGACAGGCAUCAUGUCUGAAGCACUAAGAAUGGAUGAAGCUCAGUACAGCAUGAAAAUGAUUGAAAAUGAGCUGAUGAUGAACUUAUCGACUUAUGAGUUCAUGCCACCUGUGGAGGUCAAGAGUGAGCCCUACGUACCCGAGACAGUUCAUGGACCCUACAUUCAAAUACUUGAGGAGCCCAAACAGAGAGGCUUCAGAUUCCGCUAUGAGUGUGAGGGUCCGUCCCACGGUGGGCUCCCAGGGGCCUCCAGCGAGAGGAACAGGAGAACCUAUCCCACUGUCAAGGUGUCUAACUAUGUGGGGAUAGCCAGGGUAGAGGUGCAGCUGGUGACCCACUCUGACCCCCCCCAGGUCCACGCUCACAGUCUGGUGGGGAGGCACUGCUGCACGGAAAGUGGAAAAUGCAGUGUGGAUGUGGGCCCCAAUGAACUCACAGCACAGUUCAGUAACCUGGGCAUCCUCCAUGUCACAAAGAAAGGGGUGGGGGAAGUGUUGUUCAAGAGACUGAGAGACGAGAAGAGGAGACAAAGGGGGCAGCACUACCAUUUUACUGAUGCAGAGGAACAAGCCAUAUUGAGAGAAGCCAACGAGCUGGGCAGGAUCAUGGACCUGAACAUAGUGAGGUUAAAGUUCACGGCCUACCUCCAGGACAGUAACGGAGGGUUCUCUAGGGCCCUGAAGCCAGUGGUCUCCAAUCCCAUCUUUGACAGCAAGUCACCCAACGCCUCCAACCUGAAAAUCUCCCGUAUGGAUAAGACCUCUGGGUCUGUGCUGGGAGGGGAUGAGAUCUUCCUACUGUGUGACAAAGUACAAAAAGAUGAUAUUGAGAUCCGCUUCUAUGAGGAGGAUGGAAGCUGGGAGGCCUUUGGUGACUUCUCUCCAACUGAUGUCCACAAGCAGUAUGCCAUCGUGUUUAAGACACCCCCGUACCACAGCACAGAGAUCGAUCGUUCAGUCACUGUGUUCCUCCAGUUGAAAAGGAAGAAAGUGGGAGACUGCAGCGACCCCAAGCAGUUCACCUACGUUCCUCAAAUUCAAGAUAAAGAGGAGGUUCAGCGUAAGAAGCAGAAGCCCCUCCCCUAUAAUGACCCAUGGAGAGGGCCUUUGGGAGGGGCUGGGGGGGCAGGGAGAGGUGCUGGAGGACCAGGAGGAGCAGGAUUCCAGUUUAACCAGCAGAUGAAUGGAUCAGGGUGGAUGGGGGGUGGAUUCACUUGUUUUGGGGGUGGUGGAGCCCAGAUGACAGGCACCACUGCCCAGGCUGAGGGUACCCAGCAGCAAGCUGGAGGGACGGCCGGACAGACGCCAGGACAAUUGCCAGGACAGACAGCCUCACCACUACAACAGCAGCUCUUCCAGAUUGCUGCUACUCUCCAGAGCAGGGCCUCUCGGAUGACCAAGCAGACAGCUGGGGCUCUCCUACAGUACUGCACCACUGGGGACGUCCGGGUCCUUCUGGCAAUGCAGAGACACCUAUGUGGGGUCCAGGAUGAAAACGGAGACACGCCUUUGCACCUGGCCAUCAUUCACCAGCAGUCAGCUGUGAUCCAGCAGCUGGUUCAUACACUCCUCGCCAUCCAGCAACGCAAAGUCCUCGACAAGCUCAACCACCUCAGCCAGACUCCUCUCCAUCUGGCGGUGAUCACCAGGCAGGUGAAGGUGGUGGAUGUUCUCCUGAGGGCCGGGGCUGACCCCACCCUGCUGGACCGGGACGGCCGGACCCCCCUGCACCUGGCAGCGCUGGCCGGGGACGACGUCACACUCAGGGUCCUUUUGGGGCACCUAGGAGAACGUUACAACCACCUGGUCAACAUGGCCGACUAUCAUGGUCUCCAUCCUCUCCACCUGGCUGUUCGCAAGGGAGGAGAGCGCUGUCUACGUCUGCUGGUGGGGAGCGGGGCUAAGAUCAACGACCCCGAGCGGGGGAGUGGAUGCUCCGCCCUCCACCUGGCUGUUAGAGAGAACCUCUUGAAAGUGGCCUGCACUCUGAUCACAGAGCUGAAAGCAGAUGUAAACAUGUGUACGUUUGGGGGGAACACUCCUCUCCAUCUGGCCGCCAGUCAGGGCUCCCCCACUCUCUGCUCCAUGCUCAUUGCUGCAGGAGCCGAUAAGAAUCUGGAGAAUGAUGAGCCGCUCUUCUUCAGCUCCUCUUCCUCAGAUGAGGAGCAAGAGGAUGGACCAAUAAGAGAUUUCAGUGAGUUACAGAUCCAACAGCAACCAACCAUCCCACCACCGUUGGAGAAAGAACAAGUCAACCCUCGUAAGAGACCAGCAACAGGACAUACACCCUUUGACCUUACUAAAUGUCAAAAGGUGAGAGACCUUCUAGACACCAGACAGAGACCCAAGUCCAGCCAACACUCAAGUAAAAAGCCUAAACCGAACAGCAUGGACGCAGAAAGUGAGCAGCUAGACAGUGAGACGCUCCAUAAACUGUGUGAGCUCCUCAGUCUGGGCGAUGUGCCCUGGAGACAGCUGGCAGAGAAACUCAACAUGCUCUCCCUGGCACACCUGUACCAGGAGAGUCCCUCUCCCUGCUACAAACUGCUGGAGAAUUACAAGUUGGGUGGCGGUCCAGUGGAAGGACUGGUGGAGGCUCUGCAGUCUCUGGGUCUGACUGAAGGAGUGCGACUGCUGAGACGGGCUGAGCUGAGAGAGGACAAACAGAACACAGAUCAGACAGUGGACAGCGGCUUUGGGAGUCAGCCAAUGGAUGAGCCAGCCUUGGCCAACCAGUGAGCACCAGGAAGGGUGAGGGGUAGGACCAGCUCGGUGGGUGUGAGGUUUCAGUCCAGCAUUUCAUCUGGGAGAUAUAACAAACCCUGUUCAGCACACCCUAUGGGGAAACCAAUUGAGAAUUGGAUGUCAUUCCAGAGCUUUUGCUGAUGAAUGCAGAAUUCUCUCUGCCAUGACUGCAACGUUGACAACUCACAUUGUUGGGCAUCCAGAUAAUGUUCUUGUACGUUAUUUUUCUUAUGCAGACAGAGAGCCGAAGGCAACGAACUAAGGACAACUCGGUCUCAAUAUGUACAAUAAUUAUAACAGUGGCCUCAUCUCCUUACAUUAUUCCUGAUGGUGAAAGUUGACAAAAGAUAGGCUGGUCUUUAAUGGUCCAUUGACACCUUCCUCAAAGUAUAAAUAAGAAUUUCUCAAAUAUGCAAUGUCAAAUUGUUGAAUGGAAUUAUGAAUUAAUUUCACACAUAUUUAUUGGCUGGCAGUCUUACUAAUACUGUGUAUUAAUUUGGUUUAACAUUCACCAAAUAAUUGUACAGCCAUAUUGCAGGUGUGAAACGUUUGCGAGUGUAUUUGCCAUGUAACGUUAACUAUAUCUUGUCGUUGAAUUAAAUGAAUUUCUCUCCUGACAA